UGGAAUACGGCUGUGUUUUACACGUGGGUCUGUAGAAGUGUUUUGCAUCGUUUAUUUGGUUAGCGGUGUUUCUUGAAAAGAGUUAUAAUGGAGAGAGAAAUAACUCCAGAAAAUCAAAAUGACCUCGAUAACACGACUGACACAACGAGAGGAAUAAAAAGAAAAAUAUCAUUGUCGAACUGUGAAGCCUGCGGAUCCGAAGAAGCGAGAUACAGGUGCCCGCGCUGCCUGAGGCCCUCCUGCAGCUUGUCCUGUGUGAAGAGACACAAAUCUGAUUCAGGAUGCAGUGGAGUGCGGGAUAAGACCGCCUUUGUGCCCGUUGCCGACUUUGAUGAAAUGAAUCUUCUCUGUGAUUACAGGUUCCUGGAGGAUGCAGGGAGGUUGGCGGACAGUGCAGGCAGGGAUUCUCUUAUUCACAGGCCACUCUCAACCAAAAAUCUCAACUUCAUGAGGAACCAAGCCCGCAGAUUCCACUUGGACCUGAAAUUCCUGCCAGUGGGAUUCUCGAAGAGGAAGGAAAACUCCACGUUCUUUCAUAAAAAGGAACAGCGGUUCUUCUGGCAUCUGAAGCUCGUGUUUCCCCAGAGCCACACAGAAUAUGUAGAGAGAAGGGUGCCAGAAGACAGAACGCUGGAGCAAAUCUUAGCCCCAUUCAUCCAUGCUACGGAGUCAGAGCCAGUGAGGCGACAGAAGCUAAAGGUGUAUCAGCAUGCUCCUCUGGAUCACGUAAGGAUCUUCAUGAAAGCAGAGAACAGGCAGUCAAACUCUGUCAGGUACCAUGAGCUCUUUCUUCAGAAGACACUCCUGGAAAGUCUGAGACACAAGACUGUUAUCGAGUAUCCAGUUCUUCAUGUCGUGCUGAAGGACCAUGCUGACCAGUACAUUCCUCUAGGACAAGAGUCCGGGGCAGCACACAGAGGUCCUGCAGAAGGCACCAGGGAGGAGGAGGAGGAGCAGGAGGAAGGAGAGCUUGUAGACGAUGACUGAGGAAGCUGCUGCCCGGACAUCGCUGCUGAGCCUGCUGUUGGAUCACGGGGACAGGAGGCGGCUGUGAUCUCAGCAGGGUUCAUAUCCUGAAGGGAAUUUGCUCACCGGCUGUGGAAUCUUAACAUGAAGCUCAGCAGCCAGUCCCAUUCCAAAACACCAUUUAGUACCUUGAUUUUAUUCAGCCCUGCCCAUGUUUAACUGUUUUUAAGGGAUUGUUUUAUUUGUAAAUUAUGCAGUUCACAUCAAGCAGUUCAUCAGUCCAGUAAGGAGACUGUUCUCAUCCCAUGGAGAAACAUCCUUUAUUACAGUUAAUCCUGUGAGAAGGCAAGAGUUAAAGUGGUGCUGAAAUCUUUUUCAGUUCAUUUGGAGGGCUGUUUUUUGAAGAGUUUCAUGUUCUGUUUCAGCAAUGGUUUUAAUAGAUCUUACUAUUUCCUUUCCUUGUGCAACAUCUGAUAUCUACCUUAUCGGAUUUUAAUUUUUUUUUUAAAAGGCUGCAAAGCCAAGUUAAACAAUUCUUCAUGUACUGUUACUUAUUUCAUUGUGUAGGGGCGGUGUGGCUUUUUCUAACAUUAGUGCUGUAAUAAUUAUGGUAAUUUCCCACUCUCUCACUGUGUGUUUAUAAAGGCCAGUUUCAUUUCACGGGAUGUUUUUUAUUACUGCAAAAACCCUCCUUACAAGGAGCUGAACAUGUUUGCUUCUUUAUUGUUGACAGUUUUGUUAAACCAAAGGUAUAGAGAGAGUAGAAACUUGAGCUCCUGUGUGCAGACUUCUAGUGCCUGAUGUGAUAAUUUCUAAGAAGGAAGAAGUGUUCAAAAACCAAUUGUCCCAUCCAGGAUGCAACACCCUUUAUGCUUUGUUGCUUAUCACAUAAAAUUAAUUAAUUUGCCCAGGGCCUUCACUGUUCAUACGGAGCCUUUUGAAAAACAUUAGUCUGUACUGAAAAUGGCAAAGUCAAAGACUAUACAAAUAAAGGUAAAAAUAAGCCAGUUUGA